AAAGCGCCCGCUGCCAUCGAAGCACCCAAAGCCGUCAUUAAAGCCUUGUAUGACUAUGAGCGACAAGCAGACGCCGAACUGAGUUUCACAAAAGGUGAUUUCUUCCAUGUUGUCGGCCCGAAUGGAACAAGUGAUCCGCAUUGGUUCGAUGCGUGUAAUCCAGCAACAGGGCAGCGUGGCCUCGUUCCAGCACAGUUCUUUCAAGUACUAGGUCGACAAGCGCGCGAGACAAGUGGUGACGGAGGGAUGCAGCGCGUUGGCAGUAGUGGCGCAGGUGCAUCGCGAACGAAAACGCGGGGACAUGCACGGCAACCGUCGUCCAAGGCAAGUCCACUCUAUGGCGUUGUACAAUACGACUUUACAGCUGAACGGCCCGAUGAACUGGAAGCCAAAGCUGGGGAAGCGAUCAUCAUUAUUGCACAAUCCAAUCACGAAUGGUUCGUGGCGAAACCCAUCGGCAGAUUAGGCGGGCCAGGCUUGAUUCCUGUUUCGUUUGUUGAAAUUCGUGAUUUAGUCACAGGCAAGACCAUCACGAACCUCGAAGAACUCGCGGCGAAAGCAGCUGUCCCAAAGGUGGAAGAGUGGAAGAAGGCUGCGGCAGAGUACAAGAACAGCAGCAUUCCGUUGGGUCGAUUUGACUUUGAUAUGAAGCAAGAUCAAAGCAAUGUACGGCGGUCAGAUUACUCGAGCAGCUCGAAUCCGGAAGAACUCAACCGGCGCAAAAGCAGUCCGGAUUUGUAUGUUGCGCGUGCAUCCGUCGACCAGUUUCUCGUUGCUGAAGACAGAUACUGGUUCUUGGUUCGCGUUGAAAUGAAUGAUGGACGGCAUCGCAACUUGUGUCGCUUCUAUGAAGACUUUUAUGAUUUCCAGAUCAAGCUACUGGAUGAGUUCCCAAUCGAGGCUGGACGCACUGGGGAACAGCGUAUCCUACCAUUUAUGCCAGGUCCACUCGCCUAUGUCGAUGAGACCAUCAGCGCACAACGUCGUGCGGAUCUACACAUCUAUGUGGAAGAAUUGUGUCGCUUGCCGGCGCACAUUGUACGCAGUCCACUCUUGCAAGGCUUGUUCUCCGCUCGCGAAGGGGAUGUCGAGUCGAUUCAUGCAACGAGUAUGAUGCCACAACCACUGCCUCAGGCAAGUAAAGCGCUGCUGAUGCCGAGUGCUACCCUCUCCAACAACAGUGUGCCGCGUGGUUCCAGUGCUGGAAACGCUGCCAACAACGUUGCCAUGCUCAAGGUCAAGGUUCACUUUGAUGAUGAUUUGAUUGCCAUUCGUGUGCCGAGUGAUAUUUUGUUUGACAGGCUCUUGGAUAAGCUCAAGGAACGCCUGUCUGGCGAUUGGUCGCGCAUACGAUGGAAGGAU